AUGUCCGUGCAAAGGCGACGUGUGAGGCAGGUAGGCACGCAUCACUCGCAAUGCCGCUUCUCGUGCACGUCGUCUUCAAGCGACGAAGAGACGACUCGUCCCGCAGUGCCUGCCUGGUCCCUUCGCUCACCCCCUCGACUGCGGCGCCAGUCGCGUCUGCCAAUCACAAUGCUGGUGGUAGUCAUUGCCACGACUGGUGCCCUCUUCCACUGUGGCCACGUCUCUGUCCUCCACGAGAACCACCUCUCCUUUGCCUACCUCUCCAACACCGAGCGCGAACUCACCUUCCGCAGUGAGAUGGGCUUCUAUUACUCCUUCUUCAAGCAACUUAUCCUCGCAGAUAGCUUCUGGAAGGGAGUUGACAGUCUAUUCAACGACACUGUAACUGAAUAUCCAAACGUGCUGGAAAACGUCGACUCCUGGGACACCACAUCUUGGGGUUUUUUGCCCGCGAUUCCACCGUCAAUGUCUUCACAGGGUGUCCGAGUUCUGGAGAGGUUCAACGUCUAUCCUGAAGUGUUACUGGCUGCGAUCUAUCGAACCCUCUCUCACCUGAAUAUUCUGGAUUCGGAGUGCUUUCAAGUACGACGGGAUCACGCAGUCGCCGUACCUGCCAAUCACAUUUCAGAAAAUUCAACAUUACCGCCACCUCUCGAGCCAAUGGGAACACUUACUAGAGACAACGUUUUAAGCUGUGAGGGCCUUCGUGAACCACCGAUAUUCUACGUGAAUAGUGUUUUCUGCCUCACCUGUUUAACCGUCUUCGGAUUGGCUCUCUCAGGAUGGCAAGUGGCCAAUUGCUGUACAGGAGUCACCUCAUUGGCUACAAGUGUAGUCUCGGUGUGGGGUGCUGUGCUGCCACUGGUCGGAUUCUUUUUUAACCACGGUGAGGCCACGCGUGUUCAGUGGUCUCCACCACUUCGAGAGUCCUUCUCUUACCCGUUUUUCGUCCUUCAACAAUCCGUCGUCAUUUGGCUGUUAAAGGACAUCUCUCCCGGACGUCGUCAGCGUGGAGGCGCCUUCUUUCGGAAAUGCCUCCUCUACAUCUGCCUUCUCCUAGCCUUUCAGUUGCCAUGGCAAUUCGCCCAAUUUGCCCUCCUAACUCAACUCUUCGCUCUGAUGGCCACCUACGCCGUCACCCUUCUCACCACCGGAUCGAGCGCCUCCAUCACUCCGCCCCUCUUCACUGCCUUCGCCACUCGUCUCUCCGACCUCGUGGUGUGUCAGCUGGUCGCUCUGUUCGUCUCCUGGGUGCUGCAGUUAGGCAAUCGACUGCUCCUCGCCUCAGUCUAUUUUCCCCUCCUGAUUGGCUGUCUUGUGGGAUUGUUUUGCCACCGCAGUCUCCUCAACCGACAGAAGUGGGCGUCAGAAAGAGUCACCUUUGGUGGUAAGUGUGUCCUUGCAUCGUCUGCCGUCAAGUGCCAAAUUUUCACACACCUUCAAUCCUAUCUCACUCAAUCUGACAUCUACCGUUGUCGCAGUCACCUCAGUGGUCAUGAUUUCCACACCAAUGCUUGCCCCUCCUUCAGCGCACCGAGUCGUGAAAUCUGCCAAUCAUUCGGUUUUAACUGUGGACUGGGUUCAGCGAACAAGAUGUCUUCCAUGAUGGCUAGUUUGUGCUUCCUUGAAUGUUCCACCUCCUCUGUUGCAGGUCUGCUGCCUCACGUCCUCCUCCUCACCUGUUCGACACUCCUUGCGGCGGUGGGUGUGGGUGUCGUGGUGCGUCGAAUCCUCGCCUCCACUGGAGACGUCUCGGACGGAGCUCACAUCAUGGACUUGCUCAAGGUGAAGCUGCUCAAUGCCACCGCUCACAAGACCUUCCACACCCAGCUCUACACCAAGGAAGCACCUCCGUCACCGUGGCGCAAGUUGACCAAUCACCCACGAGCGUUUGCUAGCUUGCUCGCACACCUCACUUAUUGGCUGCUCCCGACCAAUCAGGUGUGUCAGCGUUGUGAACCGACAAAUGCAGCAUUUGAGGUGCCAUUUUACGCCAGUAUGGCUCCAACACUGGGGAAUUUUCACCCACUGUGCUGCCAUAUGGAGUAUUCGCAUGCUCUGGACGAGGAAUUCAUUUUCCUUGGGCGCGGUGAUGACUCCUACUUCCAGGAAUCUGCAAAUCACGCGCCAGAAACGGAGCCAGCCACGUGCGAGAACCCCGACUGCUCAGCUCAGCCAAUCGCGAGGGUGUGCUUGAGCUGCGCAAAACCAAUCAGGGAUCGGCAGUACUUGCAGGUUGACGGCCAAUCAUGGCACGCCGAAUGCCUUCGUUGUGGUCUUUGUGGAUGUGAGUUGCAAUGGGAGACCUCGUGUUAUCAGCACAAGGGUCAGCUUCUCUGCAGGCGUGACUACACAAGCUGUGCAACAUGUGCCGGUUGCGAAAACCGCUUCUCUGAAGUGGACCUGGUGGUGCAUCUUCAUCGAGGUCUAUCCUUCCACGUCGACUGCCUGCGUUGUCGAGUUUGCGGAGUUCAGUUUCACCUGGGUGAGCAGUGUUACGUCGAGACUGUUAACCGACGUGUCUUCUGCCUCCUACACCGACCAAAUGCAAGCACGAAAAAACAACAGUCGAGUAAGAGGGCGUCCAGGGGACUGCGAAAUCGACUGGAUCUUUUCGGCGUCUCCACACCGAGUCCCGACCAUCUCACAGAAGGAGGGGGAGGCAAUCGCGAGAAAGCGAGACGAAGACUGGCCAUCACGGACACAGCACAGAAGCGAAUUCGAACCUCCUUCAAACACGAACAACUACGACUAAUGAAGGCCUACUUCAAGGUCAACCAGAACCCGGAUUCCAAGGAACUGCGCCUACUGUCGGACAAAACGGAGCUAUCGAAACGCGUCCUUCAGGUUUGGUUUCAAAACGCACGAGCGAAAUACCGAAGGUGGACGUCAAGUCUCGAGGCAACCACCAAUGAAAUCCGGACACCAGAUAAACGCAUUGACCAAUCGGUGGACAAGGUUAGCGAGACCCUACCAAUCGGAGAGCUGGACUCAUCCCUCGAGUGCGGAAGUGAUUCCUGA